AUGAAUAAUCUGGACGGGGGUGAAGCGAAUAUAGGCGUUCAAUAUCAGCCUGAAGCAACGUCAUCAUCUGCACCCGUAACCACAGUGGAUCCACAAAGACCAUUAUACACAGUACCGGGAAUAUUGCAUUUCCUGCAGCAUGAAUGGACACGUUUCGAAAUAGAACGUCAACAAUGGGAAACAGAGCGAGCCGAACUACUAGCUCGCAUUGCAUUUUUACAAGGAGAACGACAGGGGCAAGAAAAUUUAAAAAGUGCACUAGUGAAACGCAUUAAAAUGCUUGAGUAUGCACUCAAACAAGAAAGAUUGAAAUUUAACAAACUGAAGUAUGGUACAGAUAAUGCACCAGUUGAAGAUCCGAAAUUGAAUGCAGCAGAAAAUCAUCUGGAAGACGAUGAUUUGAAAGAAGAUACUAGUCUUUCAUUUGGUGGCAGUAGUGUCUCUUUCAAACAAGGGCGUCAAUUACUUAGACAGUAUUUGAAAGAAAUCGGCUAUGUCGAUACUAUCAUCGAUAUACGUUCUACAGCGGUCAAAAAACUGCUUGGUAUCAAAUCUGAUAAUGAUUUAAAUCCAAAUGUUGUUAAUAACAAUAUUGGAACAUCAAGUGGAGGAAUGAAUGGUGAUUUAAAACCAUCAUAUGAUCCAAAAAGGGUUAUACCAGGGAUAAUUAAAAAUGCUGCAAAUGAUCUUAGCAAAUCUGUGUUAGCUUCCUUGGUGUUUUUGAAAGAUGAACAACCAGAUGGACAAGAUGAUGAUUCGGGUGAUGAUGAUCUUGAUGCAAGUCGUAUAAUUGUCAAAAGUAACAAUACCAAUAUUUCCAAUAAUAUUUUGGGUGGAAAUAGUAAUAAUAAUCAUCAUAUUCAACAUCACGGUAUGGACACAUUAAACGAUUUAGAGAGCGAAGAAGCAGCAUUACAAGAAUUCGAUUUUCUUGCUGAUCCAUCAUCAAAUGUUUUGGGCAAUGUGGGAUUGAAUGAAUUAAAAACACAUGAUGCAAGUGGAAAUGAAUGGGAUGUUGAUCAAUCACGUUUGCAUAGAUUAAAAGAAGAAUACAAACGUGAUCGUAUUGGAAAGAAACCUCAUCAGCAACAAACUUCCUCAUCUCUCCGUAAUACAUUAGUCAGUAUAGGAAAUAAUGAUAAUGGCAAUGAUGAUACAUCGAAUGACGCACGUCCAUACUCUGAUGAUGAACAAAUGAGCCGUGAAAUGGUUGAUUCAAUGAUGUUCCGUAAUAGUAAAAAUUUUAUGGGAGAGAAUGCUAUGGAAGGUCUCGAUGAAUUAGCUCGAGUCACCGUACAAAAUGAUAAUGAACCACUUUAUGAUACGACGACAGAAUCAGUGGAUUUUAGAAAGACUUGGAAUGUUAAAUUUGUACUGAGAAGUCAUUUGGAUGGCGUACGUUGUGUGGCAUUUCAUCCAGUCGAAUCUGUUGUUGUGACUGGUUCAGAAGAUCGAACAUUAAAACUGUGGAAUUUAGAAAAAUCUGCUACAAUGAGAAAAUCUACAUCAGCAACCCAAGAUCUCGAGCCAAUUUAUACAUUUCGACGUCAUACUAUGUCAGUACAUCAUUUUAGCGGUCCUGUAUUAUGUGUAGCAAUGAACCCAUCUGGUGAACAAUUUUAUAGCGGUGGAUUAGAUUCAAUGAUUACUGUAUGGAAUAUACCAGACUCAGACAUAGAUCCAUAUGAUGCAUACGGACACACGGAUGCUGUGUGGCGUUUAGCCAUUUGUGGGCAAAAAUUAUUAUCCUGUGCUGCUGAUGGAACUGUCAGAUUAUGGGAUCCAAAUAUCAAUAAUCCAUUACAGUCAAUAAUCAAUUCUAGUCUAGAAGAAGGGAUACCGACAAGUAUCGAUUGGCUUACCCAAGAAACAAAUCAUUUUGUUGUAUCCUAUGAUACGUUUAAAUCCGUUAUUUACGAUGUUGAAACAUCAAAAGCCCUAUUACGUCUCGAAAAUGACAAUCAAACUUCAGAUUCGUCUUAUCGAAUCAAUAGAGUUAUCAGUCAUCCAUCCCAAGCGUUGGUUAUAACAGCACACGACGAUCGAAAAAUUCGAUUUUAUGACAGUAAUACAGGAAAAAUGGUUCAUUCGAUGGUCGCACAUUUAGAUGCUGUUACUUCUUUAGCUAUUGAUCCUCAACAAACAUGUCUUUUAUCUGGAAGUCACGAUCGUUCAAUUCGUUUAUGGAAUCUAGAUAAUAAAAGUUGUGUACAAGAAGUGACCGCUCAUCAGAAAAAAGAUGAUGAAUCUGUCCAUGAUGUUGCAUUUCAUUAUUCUAAAUCUUAUUUGGCCAGUGUUGGCGCAGAUUCUAUAGCAAAAAUAUACGCAUAA